AUGAGUGGCGAGUACGUCUACGGAAACUACGCGGCCCAGUACGGCCAACAGCAGCCCCAGGCAUAUGGGGCCAAUACCGGUGCGUACGGUGCUGGUGCUCCAGCAAACGGCUACGGCGGCUAUGGUGCCCAAAACGAGACAUACCAACAGUAUGGCGCUCAGCAAGCAUACACGUAUGAGCAUCAACAGCAACAAGCGGCGCCGGCCCAGGAGCAGCGGUACCAUCAGUAUUCCAAUGGCGGCGAGCAACGCGCAUCCCAAGAAGCAUACAGCCAGCAGCGACCACAAGCUCAGACCCUCGCUUUUGACCAACCCGCCAUGGGUACAGUUGAAGAGAGACCUGCCGAGGCGACGACACGCUGGUCGUGGUCGCUUUACUCAAUGAACCGCAUUGACGGCGCGCGCAUGGUGGCCCCGUUGGGCUGUCUGUACUCCCCCCUCGGCAGCCCUUGUACCCAGCUCAACUACGCACCGACGCAGUGCACUGUGUGCGGGGGAGUGCUGAACCCGUACGCCACUCUCGACCCGCGCAGCCGCAUGUGGGGAUGUCCACUGUGCCACACCAAGAACAUGCUGCCGCCCCAGCAUCAGCAAGCAAAUGAAUAUAACCUGCCGACAGAGAUGCAGCCGUCCUCGACGACAGUAGAAUUUGUGGCGCAUAUGCCUAGCCGCAGCCCGCCGACGUUCGUGCUGGUCGUUGACACGUGCCUCGAUACGGACGAGGAACUGCACGGUCUGCGCGACUUCUUGUUACAGUCCCUGCAGAUGAUCCCAGAGUACGCAAACGUAGCGAUUGUCACCUACGGCACGACCGUCAGUGUGCACGACAUCGCUGGUCCUGCCGCGUACCCGCGUGCCAUGGUGCUGCGCGGCACGCAGGAGAUGACGGUAGAGCGGCUAAAGCUGAUCUUGCCCAACCCCAACCGAUUCGUGGCACCACUGCGCAACUGUGCAGCCUAUGUGGCGCACCUCAUUUCCUCCAUGUCUCGCGACCUGUGGCCCGUCAUGAAGGGCCAUCGACCACUGCGGUGCACCGGGGCUGCGCUCUCAGUUGCGGCUAGUUUGCUGCAGAUUGUAUCGCCGAACACGGGCUCCUGCAUCCUCACCUUCAUGUCCGGCGUGUGUACGUCGGGCCCGGGCAUUGUGGUGGACGUGAGUCGCGAAAAGAUGAUCCGAGUGCACGCCGACAUCCGCGACGAGACAGCGGCCGCCACGUACUGGAGCACCUCAUGCGCAUUCUACGAAAAGCUGAUGCACCGCAUUGUCGCGCAGGGUCACUCUCUCAACUGCUUCGUCGCCUCCCUGGAUCAAUUUGGCCUGGCUGAGAUGAAGACGUGCGUGCAAUCCUCCGGCGGUGUUGUGCUGAAUGCGGAGUCGUGGCUGGAGGAGCCGUUUCGCCUUUCCCUACACCAGUUCUUUGCACGCCGUGAGGACGGAACACUCAAGCUAGGGCUGAACGCGACAAUAGACGUCAUCACGUCGCCAACGUGGAAGGUGCAGGGCGUCAUUGGCCCCUGCGUCGGCACUGGCAAGAUGUCCGCGUCCGUGGCGGAGUACGAGAUCGGGCUCGGCGGCACCUGUCAGUGGACGACAUGCCAACUUGACUCAACCACCACCUUCGCCAUCUACUACGACACGGUCAGCACGCAAUCCAGCGAGGCGGCCAAGAAUCCGCUGCGUUACACCCAAAUUGUGACGAGGUACGAGAUGGGGCAGGAGACGCACACGCGCGUCACGACACUGACAUUGCGACAGGCGCAGAACCCGCCCAUCCAAGACCUUGUCGCCGCCUUCGAUCAGGAGACCGCUGCUGUGUUGCUGGCUCGCGAAGCGGUGCACAAAACAGAUAGCAUGCCGCUCUUUGACGUGCUGCGUUGGCUGGACCGCACGGUGGUGCGUCUCGUCUCCCGCUUUGGCGAGUACACCAAAGACAAACCUGACUCGCUGCGCCUGCCGAACGAGUUCGUGUACUUCCCCGCCUUCAUGUACCACCUGCGCCGCUCCGGCUACCUGCAAAUCUUCAACUCAAGUCCCGACGAGACGGCGUUCCUGCGCCUCCAGCUGCUCAAGUCUAACGUAGAGGACUCCAUUGUGCAGAUCCAGCCGACCUUGUACAGCUACCACAUGGACGCGGCACCGCAGCCGGUGCCACUUGACAGCACAGCCAUCCAACCCGACAACGUUCUGCUGCUGGACACCUUUUUCGAGGUGCUCAUCCACUACGGCGCCAGCAUCGCUGCGUGGAAGAAGGCAGGCUAUGCAGAGCACGAGGACUACGCGUACUUCAAGAAGUUUCUGGAGGUACCGCUGGCCGAUGCGCAUGUGCUCGUCGGCUCCCGCUACCCCACUCCGCGCCUGAUCGACGUGUCUCAAGACGACCCUGAUGCGCGUAUCUUGUACAACCGCAUCAACCCCAGCCGCUCCUACGCAUCCACCGAUGGUGGGGCAUACGGCUCGCACGAAGGCGAGCUCGUGUACACGGACGACGCAUCCUUGCAGGUGUUCAUGCAGCACCUCAAGAAGCUGGCGGUGGGACAGUAG